AUGUCAUGUCGUCGUAGAAGUCAUACAACUCCGGGUUAUUUACAACCUAGAACUUUGGAUGACAGGAUUAGGGACGACUAUCGCUAUAAUUAUCGAGGAUCAAGGCACUCAAGGCGCUAUCAACCAAAUUAUGACGACUUCUACGCACGUCCGCCUUCUGUGUAUCAGCCUGUAGAACCCUAUUAUCCUAGGCCUCGUGAAUCCUACUACGUUCGUCCGCCUUCAGUUUAUCAGCCUACAGAAACACUUUAUCCUGGGCCUAUGCCAAAUAGUUAUCAGCGUCAUAGUUAUGCUCAACCUGUUUCUUAUCAGCCUGUUUAUCCAUCAUAUCGCGAAUCUUUUAGAGAUGUGUACGCUCCAAGCACCUAUUCGUCGUAUCCACGUCGUCGUUCAAUGUCUAACAAUCCUCUGAUAGAUCCUGACACGAUUUCCAAUAAUGGCAAUACACUUUCAUAUUCUCCGCGUACAUACCCAAGGGUUCAGAUUUACCAUACAAGGAAUACAAACGAUGGUUUUGUUUUUAAUCUUCAGAAUGUUUUGAAGAAUUAA